AUGGAGGGUGCCAUAGUGGGCGCCUUGCUGAAGGCCACCCUGCCGAACCUGUUUAAGCUGAUAGGUGACACAUGCAAGCAGCUGGACCCUGAUGUUCGAUUCAUUCAAAGUGAGCUCGCUGCCUUCGGAGAUUCUCGCUGGAGAGGCAACGAAAUCGGCGAUUUGCGGAGAACCUGGAUCUUGCAACUCAGAGGGUUGGCUCAUGAGAUCCAAGACUGCAUCGACAGCUUCCAGAUCCACAAGACCUCUCCCACACAGUUUGCCCACGAGAUCGCUGACCUCAAGAAGAGAAUACAAGAUUCAUCCGAAGCGCUGCACCGUUAUAUCGGCCAGGGGGAGCCGAGCAACGGAAAAGUUGCUCCAAAUCCGAUGGCGAAUGAUGCACAGGAAGAUCUUCUUGCCUUCGUACAGAACCAAUCUGAGAUGAACGCCAAGGUCGUCUGCGCUAUUGGCUUCGGUGGGCAGAACACUGAUCUUGCGAGGCGGGUCUACGAGAAGAAUGAAGUCCGCCGGCAAUUCGGUCAACGGGCGUGGGUCAGUGCGGCGGACAGAACCGUGGAUGAUGUUCUGACGGAGAUACUCAGGCAACUUGAGCGGCGCCCUCGGCUGGGCAUGCUCAUCCUCAGCUGGUUCCUUUCAAUCUUGUGUUUUUUCCGUGGAUUGCUUCUGAAGGUUUUCGGCACCGAGAUGCCGGUCGCAUCCCGGUCCGGCGCCAGCUCCGACAUAGAUCAUCAGCUCAGAUCACUGCUAAGCAAAGAAAGGUAUUUGAUUGUAAUUCAUGAUGUCACGAAAGAAGAGGUGUACAAUAAAAUAUGUGCCUUCCCUUGGGCCAACAGAGUAGGCGGCAGAAUCAUCGUGACGACGGACAUCCAUUCAGCAGUGAGACCCUGCAUCUGUGGCAACGAUCCACCACUGCUUGUUCCAGAUAGCAUCACAUCUCGCCUGGUUUUGGUUGGAGAGGUGGGCACUGGGAUGUUUUACAAAGAGACCUGCUCUGCACUUUGUGACGCAGCCGUAGCAAGAAUGCAAUGUUUUGUCGGCAGUGACUAUGAGAGGAUUGUUGUUGAGGACAUGCUGCUAUAUUUCAGCAUGUUCCCACUUCAUCAUCAUGUUCGGAGGAAUCCUCUAAUAAGGCGAUGGCUGGCUGAAGGACUACUUGUCCAUGCCAUACAGAAGGUGCCUGAGAAUGUGUACCGUUUUCCACAGGAUGUGGCGGCCGAGCAUUUGGACAUUCUCAUCGGCCAAAAUAUUGUCAAGUCCAUUAAGAAGGGCAACAAUGGAAAGGUGACGAGAUGCCAACCUCCAGGUAUGGUGUUCAACCACAUUUGUGCCAGGGCUGUGAUCGAUAAUAUUAACACCUUGCUGUGUGGUCCAAGUCAGAAUGAGACAAUCCAAGAAGCAUAUGUUCGCCGGUUUUCUCUGAGCCUCGGGAGCAGUAUUAAAGAAGUUCCGAGUCAAAUAAGGCGGCUGCGGCAGUUAGAGACAUUCGAUAUGAGUACAAGUGCGGUAGUGACGGUGUCCUCAGAUGUACUCAAGUUGCCCAAAUUGAAACACCUCCUUGGCAAGUUUCGGCUAUCUGAAAAUCCAAGCAUGCUGAAGAAAGGCGCAAAGAAGGUAAAGAAGGUGUUGAAGCUCAAGGAUGAAUUCUCAAAGCUAAAGGACUUCUUGAGGGACAACAGUGUCCUGGAGACUCUAGCAGGAAUCGUCAUCGGCAACGGCAUGGGAUUUCCACAACUGUUGAGUGAUAUGGGGAAGCUGAGGAAGGUGAAGAUGUGGUGUGAUUCCAUGACAAAUGAGUCUACAGACUUGACUGGUCUUAAGGAAGGCAUCAAGGCAUUUACCAGUCACCGAAUCCGUACACCCAACGUUGAUUACUCACUCUCUGUUGACUUCAGCGGCUCUUCACAAUCCUUCCUGGAUUGCCUGGAAGAUCCUGGCAUGCUUACAUCACUCAAACUGCGCGGCAACCUGACGCGCUUCCGUCCAGUUGCUGCAAGGCUGGUUAGUCUACAGGAGCUGUGCCUCUCGUGGACUAAUCUUAGCGGAGCUGCAAUCCAAAUCGGCCUCAGUAAUUUGAGAUGCCAACUGAAAUUUCUGAAGCUGGUUGAGAACAAUCUUGUGGGGCUUGCCAUACAAGACAAGGAUGCAUUCGUAAGCCUGGAACGGAUAUGUCUCGUGGGCAUGCAAAGUCUUGAGGAAAUAAUUAUUCAAGAUCUGAGUAAGCUUGUUUCACUCCACUUGCUCUGUCCUACUCUAGGUGCUCUUCCCGGCAUCCAGAUCCGAAAGCUCCAAAAUCUCAAUGAAGUCGGACUCCAUUAUCAAGUUGACGGUGACAUCAAACGUGGAUGGGAAGAUGCUGCAGUCGGCCAUAAGCGUAAGCUCAGUAUUUUGUCCAUCGGAACACACUAA